AUGGUUUUAACUCAUUCUAUAAACAAUGAUGGUACUCAUGUAUUUCAUAAUAAUUUAACAAAUACUUAUCUUAUAUUGAGUAAUAAUUCAACAGAAAUAACAAAAGAAUUACCAUCAAAUUAUAACAAUUCCAAAUUUCAGCCUAUAUCUUGUAUAAUUGGUAUUAUAAAAUUAAAAAUUAAUUCAUAUGUUAUAAUUGGUGAUAAACAUAGUAUCACAGGAACAAUUUUAGGUAAUGAAAUUGCAUUUAUUGAAUCUUUUAAAAUUUAUCCAUUAGUUAAUAAUGCUAACUUAUCAUCAGAGGAAAAGAAAUAUCUAGAGCUUAUUAAUAAACAAUUGAAAAAUUCAACAUUAUAUUAUUCAAUAAAUAAUCAAUAUGAUUUAACUAAUUCAUUACAAAAACAAUUUACUUCAGAAAUUCAUAAUUUAGAUGAUAGAUUUUGGUGGAAUAAAUAUUUAUCAGCCCCAUUAAUUGAUAUUGAUUUAAAUUAUAAUUUUAUAACUCCAAUAAUUUAUGGAUAUUUUAAAUCUCAUCAAACAAUUUUUAACAAUAAAUCAUUACAAUUUGCUUUAUUAACAAGAAGAUCAACAUCAAGAGCUGGUACAAGAUAUUUUCGUAGAGGUAUUGAUUUAGAUGGUAAUGUUGCAAAUUUUAAUGAAACUGAACAAAUUUUUACUUCUGAUAAUAAUCAUUUAUAUUCAAUUUUACAAACAAGAGGAUCAGUUCCUGUUUAUUGGGCAGAAGUAAAUAAUUUAAAAUAUAAACCAAAUUUAGAAAUUAGUACUCAAUCUUCUUUAGAAGCUACUGAAAAACAUUUUAAUCAACAAGUUGAAUUAUAUGGUGAUAAUUAUUUAGUUAACUUAGUUAAUCAAAAUGGUUAUGAAAAACCAGUUAAAUUAGCUUAUGAAAAUGCUAUAAAUAAUUUACCACAGCAACUAAAACAACAUAUUCAUUAUAUUUAUUUUGAUUUUCAUCAUGAAUGUAAAGGUAUGAAAUUUCACAAGAUUAAUAAAUUAUUAGAUCAUUUAAUUAAUUUAGGUUAUACAUCGGAUAAUUAUUUUGAAAUUGAUUUAACCACCAAAAAAAUUUUAAAUGUUCAAAAAGCUAUUGUUAGAACAAAUUGUAUGGAUUGUUUAGAUAGAACUAAUGUUGUUCAAAGUAUGAUUGGUCGUUGGUUUUUACAAAAUCAAUUAUUAAAAACUGGAUACUUAUCAAGUGUUGAUCAAUCUUUCGCCCAAAUUGAUCCAAAAUUUAAUUUAUUUUUUCAAAAUUUUUGGGCUGAUAAUGCUGAUGCUGUAAGUUGUGCUUAUUCAGGUACUGGUGCAUUAAAAACUGAUUUUACAAGAUUAGGUAAAAGAACUUAUCAAGGUGGAUUUCAAGAUUUAAUUAAUUCAAUAACAAGAUAUUAUAAGAAUAAUUUAUCUGAUGGAUCAAGACAAGAUUCUUAUGAUUUAUUUUUGGGGAAAUUUAAACCUUAUCAAGAUGCUGUAAUUUCUCCAUUUAAAGAUAAUAGACCUCCAAUUAUACAAUUAUUACCUUAUUUAAUGGGUACUUCAAUUUUAAUAUUAUUAGCAUUAUUUUAUUAUCCCAAGGGAUCAUUAUUAGAUUAUAAAAAUUUAAUUUUUAUAGCUUUGGUGGUGUUGUUUAACUACAAGAGUUUUUCAUAUAUUUUAUCAAAUGGUUAUCAAUAUGUUGAUUGGCCAAAAUUAGUCCCCUUGGAUUAUUUGAAAAAACAAUAUAUUUAUAAUAAUCAAGGUAAAAUUAUUGGUACAAAAUAUGAAAAAACUGAUUAUUUUAAAGGGUUUUCAAAAAAAUCUAAAUAA